AUGGUAGAGAUAAGAAGCAAGUUUGCCGAGUUGCAGAAAGAAAAUAUUUUGCUUAAAGCUAAGAAUGAAACUCUGAGUAAGGAAAUAAAUGACUUACAAGAAAGAAUGAAAACUUUGGAACACUACUCGCGUGUGAAAAACAUAAAGAUUAGUGGUCUACCGGUAACCAAGAAUAAAAAUGUGAGCGAGUUGGUGGCAGACUUGGGAGCAGUUCUGGGAGUGGAGAUAAAGGAGACGGACGUCGGUGCAGCACACCGGAUACCCUCCUUUAGGACUGACAUUGAGCUGGUACUCAUCGCCCAGUUCUCAACCAAGGGGAUGAAGGAGCAGUGGAUCACCAAGGCCCGCCAGAAGAAGAGUCUCACGGCCCGAGAUGUCAACCAGCACUUCCCCAUCCAGCGAGUCUACAUCGACGACCACCUCUCGCCAGAGAAUAAGCAAUUCUUAGCGAAGCUCAAGCAGAAGGGACGUGAUAUCGGCUACAAGUUUGUCUGGUCUCGAGAUGGCAAGUUUUUCGCGAGGAAAGCCGAAGGCGACCCUGUCAAGAAGAUAGUUACGUAUGAAUACUUGGACAAACUCAAAUAA